AAAACCGCUACGUCUGCAGAGAAAGGGGGGAUUUGCUAUGGAGAGAAGGAAAAAAUACAUCUGACAACCUUUGAACCCUGUUCCUCCAAAAAAAGUCACAAGACUAAGGGAACUUUACUUAUUGGAAGAACGUGAGCGGCACGGUGUAGUUAAGAAUUUAAAAAUUAGCACCCGAUAACUAAAUUCGAUAGUUUAAAAACAAAAACAAGCGAGAAGAACCACGCCGAAGCACUCCCACCCCUGCCGAGAUUGUAGGCCGAUCUAUCCUUUGCAGAAGACGACCAUCUUGCUGGAAAUGUCUGUGCGGUACAGCCCAGAUUCUGAACCAAAACAGGCAAAUGGCGUUGAUGCCAGUGGGAAAGACGAAACCAAUGUUGAGAUUGAUGAUGGCAAAGAAGAGAGUGUUGAACCGGACACCAUGUACCAGCGAAUCCGAAAGAAGAUCGCUCCAUUUGUGAUGUCCUUUGGGUUUCGGAUGUUUGGCGUGGUGCUUAUCAUUGUCGACAUCAUCCUGGUCAUAGCUGACCUGGCCACACCGAUCCGCAGCCCGGGAGUGAGGGAUGCUCUGGAGGCGGUGUCCCUGGCUAUCUCGCUCUUCUUCCUGGUGGACGUCCUCCUCCGGGUCUAUGUGGAGGGGUUGAAGGUGUACUUCAGCUCCAAACUGAAUAUCCUUGAUGCCUGCAUUGUGGUCAUCACUCUGGUUGUUACUAUGAUCUACGCAUUCACUGACCUGUCCGGGGUCAGCCUUAUUCCCAGGGUGGUGUCCAUCCUGAGGGCACUCAGGAUCCUCAUCCUGGUGCGCAUAUUCAGACUGGCAGUUCAGAAGAAGGAGCUGGAGAAGGUCACUAGGAGAAUGGUCUCUGAAAACAAAAGGCGGUACCAGAAAGAUGGGUUUGAUUUGGACCUCACCUAUGUCACAGAACGCAUCAUUGCCAUGUCGUUUCCAUCAUCUGGGAAGCAGUCCUUCUACAGGAACCCAAUCAGAGAGGUGGCAAGGUUCCUGGACACUAAGCAUGCAGAUCACUACAAAGUGUACAAUCUUUGCAGUGAGAAAGGCUAUGACCCCCAGUUCUUUCACUACAGAGUGGAGAGGGUCUUCAUUGAUGACCACAAUGUUCCGGCACUAGAAGACAUGCUGAAGUACACUGCUGACGUGAGGGACUGGAUGGCAGCGGACCCCAGCAACGUCAUCGCCAUUCACUGUAAAGGGGGCAAAGGAAGGACUGGGACCAUGAUCUGUACCUGGCUGAUUGACAGUGACCAGUCUGAGAGUGCACAGGACAGUUUAGAUUACUUUGGGGAGCGGAGGACAGACAAAAGCAGGAGUUCCAAGUUCCAGGGAGUGGAGACCCCCUCACAGAGCAGGUAUGUGGGAUACUAUGAGAUCAUGAAAAACCAAUACAACAGGCAAGUGCCCCCGGAGAAGAGUCUGAAAAUAAGGAGCAUCCGAAUCCAUUCUAUACUGGGUGUGGGGAAGGGCAAUGGUAGUGACCUGAAGGUGAAGAUCAUUGUGAAGAAGGAAACAGUGUUUCAGUGUGUCUGCGCCAAACAAGAGAACUGCUUGCUCUUCUCAGAUCCUGGCAAUAAUGAAGUAGUCAUCAGUUUACAGGAGGGUCCACUGGUCAGUGGUGACGUCAAGGUCAUGUUUGAGUCCAGCGCUGGUCUUCCAAAGGGAUAUGAAGACUGCCCUUUCUUCUUUUGGUUUAACACCGCAUUUGUACAGAACAACAUGCUUCAUCUGUCCAGGGAUGAGCUGGAUAACCCACACAAGCCCAAAACCUGGGACAUCUACAAGGAGGACUUUGGUCUGACUCUGUCCUUUUGUGACCCUUAACCACAGAUGCAAGUUUGCCAGUUCCUUCAUGCCUUCAGUCGGUUGUAAUUCUGUGCUAGGAGGACCACUUGGCUACAGGAAGUUUUGGAUAAGAGCGUCUUCCAAAUGCCAUUAAUGUAAUAUAAAAGUUCUAACUGUUCUGACUGUGUUUCAAGCUAUGGAUGUUCUGAUUAACAUUCUCCUUUCCACACUCCCUCAUGUAUAUUCAUGCUGAACCUGCAAAUCAGUAAGUAAUUUGGCAGAGUAAGAACUUAAUAUUUAGCACACUGAGCUGACUGGUCCAUACAUAGAAGAUCUGUGCAUGAUACUUUGUAACAACCAGGGUUUGUUUGAAACUCAUGUUGUUAUGUAGGGUGUAGAUAGGUUCCUUUCCUUCUGAAAGCCACUUAAUUAGUUUUGAUUUCCAGGCACUGAACAAUUGAGUGUAGACCAUUAUGAUUUUUUUAUACACACUAUAUAUAUUUUUACAUAUUGUUUUGAAAAAUCUGUGAAAAGGGAUGAUUGUGAUAAAAGGGAUUUGACACUGUUACUUAAAAACAUUUCCAAUGAAGUAGUGAUGUGAUUAAUCUCUUCUACUUUGUCACUCCUGUUACAGUAUAGGCGUACUGUAUGUAAUUCAACAACAACUGGGGGCUGUUUUAGUUACACUCCAUUUUGUGCAAAAUGAAAUGUGGGGCUGUUGUGAACAUAUUAUUAUCAGUAUAUACAAUGAAAUUAUGCUACUUGAAGUAAACCUCCAUGUUUCAUUUAUGUA